AUGUCGCCUCUCAGCGGAAACCCUUCACGAAAUUGCGGAACAUGUCUUCGGCGAAGGCAUGCUGUGGCGCGAGCUCCCUUCCAUCGUGCCACUGCUUCGUCUUCAGAUGCUGGAGUAUCUCUAUUUGGGCUACGUAUAUGUGGAGGCGGAGACCUCGACUGCUGCGUCGCUUACUGCACCAUCUGGGGACUCGACGACUUGCUCAGGCGCACGAGGAUCGAUAACCUUAGCCAGUGCGAGUUCAUGAUCUCCGACCUACCCUACGAGAUCCUGAACGACAGUGCUAACUCUGAUAACGAGGACGACGAUCUUGAGCCUUUCUGUCGAUAUUGCGUAGUGGAACGCCGGAGUGUUCUCGACAUGACCAACCUCCGGGACAUCGGCCCCGUCAUCCACUCGUCGCGCACACUCAAACUACGCCUCAACCUCGCGAAGGACCUUCCUGCUCUGCUCCAACCUGCUCCCGACUCGUUGUGCUCUCUCGACGCGGAGAUCAGCGAGCUCGAGGACACGGAGACGGACCAUAACCUUAGGUCGCUUUGA